CGCCGCCCCGUCUUGCGAGGGCUCGGGGCGCUCCCCGGAGAUGCUGCCGUGGAAGAAGCACAAGUUCGAGCUGCUGGCCGAGGCGCCGCCGCGGCAGGCGGCCAAGCCCAAGGGCUACGCGGUGAGCCUGCACUACUCGGCGCUCAGCUCGCUGGCGCGGGCCUGCCCCGAGGGCGCGCUCAGCCGGGUGGGCAGCAUGUUCCGCUCGAAGCGCAAGAAGCUGCACAUCACCAGCGAGGACCCCACCUACACCGUGCUCUACCUGGGCAACGCCACCACCAUCCAGGCGCGCGGCGACGGCUGCACCGACCUGGCGGUGGGCAAGAUCUGGAGCAAGAGCGAGGCGGGCCGGCAGGGCACCAAGAUGAAGCUGACGGUGAGCGCGCAGGGCAUCCGCAUGGUGCACGCCGAGGAGCGCGCGCCGCGCCGCCCGGGCCACCUGUACCUGCUGCACCGCGUCACCUACUGCGUGGCGGACGCGCGGCUGCCCAAGGUCUUCGCCUGGGUGUACCGGCACGAGCUGAAGCACAAGGCCGUCAUGCUGCGCUGCCACGCCGUGCUGGUGUCCAAGCCCGAGAAGGCGCAGGCCAUGGCGCUGCUGCUCUACCAGACGUCGGCCAACGCGCUGGCCGAGUUCAAGCGGCUCAAGCGGCGGGACGACGCGCGCCACCAGCAGCAGGAGCUCGUGGGCGCCCACUCCGUGCCGCUCGUGCCGCUGCGCAAGCUGCUGCUGCUGCACGGGCCCUGCUGCUACAAGCCGCCCGUGGAGCGCAGCCGCAGCGCCCCCAAGCUCGGCCCCAUCACCGAGGACCUGCUGGGCGAGCAGCAGGAGCAGGCGCUGCAGGAGGAAGAGGAGCCCCCCGAGAGCUGCCUGCAGGAGGAGGACGAGGAGGAGGACGACGACGAGGAACGGGAGCAGGAGGAGGAAGAGCUGGACCAGACGGGCCGUGCCGGGGAGGGCGAUCCCGCCCAGGCCUCGGUGGUGGCCCUGCACUUCGAAUGCGGGGACUUGCUGGACACCCUGGAUAGCGGCCAGGAGGAGGCGCUAGGAGGCGGCCCGGCCGCGCUGGAACCCGGGGGCGCUGGCGGCCCUUCCCCGCAGGCCGAGCUGUCGCAGCUCAUUAGCGACCUGGGGGAGCUCAGCUUCGGCAACGACGUGCGCACUCUGCAAGGCGACUUGCGGGUGACGCGCCUGCUGUCCGGGGAGAGCACGGGCAGCGAGAGCUCCAUCGAGGGCGGGGGCCCGGAAGCCAACUCGGCAGGCCCCGGCGGCGGGGACCGCUUGGGCCCCGCCACCGCCCCCGGCGCCAGCCUCGCCGAGCCCCCUUCGGGGUGA